UUUUUCUGUCAAACAUUCUUGAACCCCACACCUCGGAAUCGCUUGGCUUCGCUUCGACACCACAACAUCGGCGAGGACCCGAAAGAAGGCUGUCGCUCCGGGGACGGAGCCUCAACCCGCGGCGUGGCGCUCCCAACAAUGCACGUCAAGUUCCCUGGUCAUUUCAUGCUCGCGCAGCUCUCCCCGAGUGAUAACGUGGUAUUUGCGAGAAAUCGCCUCGUCCUGUGGUUUCGUCUUUGCCGUCCCAUGUUGAAAGCAUGAACCCCGUUGUCUUAGUUUGAGGUCGAUGCUGGAAUCACGCCACGCUGGCUCUCGAACCACCAGUGGAGAUGCCAGGGAACCGGCCAGCUGUUGUACCGGUCUUGAUCGCCAAAACAAGAAGGCGAAAGGGAUUCUUUCUCGGGAGAAGUUCGCGAAGAAAUCUGCUGGAGAGACAGGCGAAGUCGACCCUUCAGGGGUUUGGCUCCAACUCUCCUCGUUGGAUCACGAAUCUCCUGCCCGUUGUAGAACGGACCGAGAUAACAUGCUGCGUGGUGGCACCUUGACAUGUGAAAAAAAUCUCCGCUGGGACGACACUCCUUCGUCGUUACCGAACCCCACAACUCCACGGCGGCAUCGACCGCAUUGGCGCUGUCAAAUUGACAUGGCAUCACAGGACCGAGAUGUCAAAGAUCAGGGAUGGCAUCUCCCCGCCGCCCGGUCCCUUCUUGAAUCAUCAACCCUGACCUCGGGGUUUGACUAUAUCGGGCAAUUCACGCGAGCGCUUCGUUACCUGCAUGGACGAUGCAACGGUGACGCGCGGUAACCGUAUCGCCUUACACCAAUCCACAGUCUGGUUCCUCCUGAAAACCUCCGAAAUUUCACUCUCAUGCACUGGCCCUCCGUAUCGGCCCCAUCCUGCUGCUGUUCUGU